CUUCUUCUUCCAUCCCUCAUCUCUUUUUCUUUUCUUCUUCUUCAUCACUUAUUAUUUUCCCCUUAAAUUAAAAGCAAUGGACCCAGAAUACGAUCCUUCACAUAAAACAUCAAGUAUUACCAGUACUAAUAGUUGGGAUACUGUACCUUCUUUGACUGCUUCCAGUGUUUGUGAUAUUGACUCUCCAUCAUUACAUGACCAAAGUACUUUUGAAGACUAUUCUUUUGCUGGCGACCGAGUAGGACUUUCUAUACCUUUUGAAGAAUUUCCCUCAUCUCACGAACAUGAUAUUUUGAAUGACAAUGAUCAAAGGACCUUCACCAAUUUUUUGGAUACAUUUUUUAUUGAUGGCAAACCAACUCAUGAUAAAUCAUCAUCAUCAUCACACAAACCAUUAUCUCAACAAAAUACACCUAUCUUUUUACAUCAGAGUCAUGAAAUCACCAUUCCUCACUCAACAAAUAAAGAAACACCACCUAAACCUUUAUUAUCAGGUCUUCUUGAACCAAAACAUGAACCAAUCGACCAUACCAAUGCAAAAGAAGAAACCACAAAUGAAGAACAACAACAACAACAACAACAACAAGAAGAAGAUGAUAUCUACAACAAACAAACAAGACCUUCUCGUGAUUUAUUGACUGAAGAUGAAAAACGGGCAAAUCACAUUGCUUCUGAACAAAAACGACGCAAUACUAUUCGCAAUGGUUUUAAAGAAAUGACAGAAAUCAUCCCCACCUUGAAAAACAUCAACAAUUCAAAAAGCACUAUUUUAUUUAAAGCCGUGGAAUACAUUCGACAUCUCGACAAACGCAACCGUGGAUUACGCGAAAAACUUAGCUCUCUUCAAAUACGGUUAGAAGUAGAAGGUCGUAUGGGUGGAUUGAUACGCGCACCUCAUCAUCUUCUUCGACGUCAUAGUCAUUAUUAUAACGAACAUCAGCACAAACGAAGUCGAAGUAGCAAUCAACAAUUACCUCCCGAGGCCAUGGCCGCCCUCUUAGCUCACAAAAAUCAACAAAAACAAUUGGAAAUGUUACAAGAACAAUUAAGGUAUCAACAAGAACUCUUGGCUAAACACAAUAUCCCUACCAACGGUCUUGGGUCUCGUACCAGUCGACAUUUAUCUAUGGAUUCUUCAUCUUUAUACAAUUCUAUUUCCAUUCCCACGGAUCAUAUUCUGUCAUCAUCAUCAUCAUCAACAUCAUCACCAACAACAACAUCAGCAUUACAAUCAUCAUCAUUAUCGGCAUCUUAUUCACCAUCAUCAUCAUCUACAGUAACAACAAAGAUAUCAUCAUCACAUCGACGUCCUUCUUUUGUACAUAGUCACCAUUCCCACCAACACCGAUCAAGUGCUCCUGCUUUGGUUAUGCCUAAUAUGAUUGAAGACAAUUGGCAUAGUAAUCAUUCUUCUUCUACCGCCUCUCCACUUGGUAUGACAAGCUUCAACAUUCCUGCUGACGAUGAUUAUAGUCGAACAACGAAUAUGCCAUCCAAAUUACACUCAUAGUAGUAGUUAGUAAAAUUUUUUUUUAUUAUAUAUUUAUAUUCCAAGGAUACCCCACCUUUCUUAUUUUAGUUGAUUCCUUCCAUUUUAUGUCUAUUUUUUUUUUAUCUAUGAUUUUUAUAU